UAGUUCAGGCACCCCGCAGCAUUGUGUUGCUGGCCUGGGCUACUGAACUGAAGUGAGCCAGUGGUAUUUAACUUUACACAACGGCCUUCGGGCAAGGGCAGAUCAUGUGUGUGUGUGUACAGUAAUUUGAUUUUUGGGGAAUUUUUACUCUGGUGGAUUGGAUCGGCCAAUUGAUAUGGCGGGAUGUGCAAGGCUGGUGCGCUUGUCCAAGCAACAGUUGCAGGGACCACAGGCUCAAGCCGAGUUCAAGAUGGGGUCAGUGAGAGCUAAGAUGGCCGCCCACAAUAGCGACCUCAGGGACCAGGUUGUCGGCACGCUGCGUGACAACAACGGACCAAUGGAGACCCUGGCCAUUGCGCAUUCCCUCGGUCUGCGCACACGCAAGCAGAUCAACCCAACGCUGUACAAGAUGCAACAACAGGGGACCAUCUUGAAGGUAUCAGAAUCCCCGCCCAAGUGGGGCCUCAAACAUGAGGUCACGCUGGGCCACGAGUCGCAGGUCACAGGUCACAGCUCUCCUCUGAGAGCAGCUGCCUCCGCCGCAGCAGGGCCGGACGAUGCGGAGGAACGUGACAUGAGCUUGGGGUCUGAGAACAUGCCCAGCUUGGAAUAUGCGGGGUCAGAGGACAUACCCAGUUUGGAAUAUGCGGAUGAUGAUGCCGCAAAUGACCUUGCCGUUCCCCCCGAAAUGGACAGGAACUAUGACCGACAUGCUGGUGAGGUCGGAAUGCAGGGUCAACCAGACCGUUACGACUACCCACAAAAUGAGCGAAAGGUGCAAUAUAAAGACUCCCCCUUGCGUGAAAGUCCACAGGGCCCUCUCCAGUAUGGGGAUGUGCCUACCACUGGUGCUUCACAGGGAGAUUCCAUUACAGAAAUGGAGGGAAUGAAGGAGACGAGGGGAAAUUACAAGGAUACCUAUGGUGCUGUCAGUUUUGGCGGGGACCUGCAAGACAGCUCGGUUCCCCUCCCCCUGAGCUCCACUGACGAAAUGGAAAGCUUGGACCAGCAGGACACGGCACGGAAUGGCUUCCCAAAUGUUCCAACCAUGGCAGAAGCCAUCGAGUUCCUCAAGCCCCCCAUGACUCAGCUGGAGAACAGGGGCGGCCUGCACCACAGGCUCCUCUCUGUCCUCUGCACCAUGACGGAGUCCAUCCACUCCAAUGAACUAGCCAAACUGGUGGGCCUUCGCUCCAAGAAGGAGAUCAACCCCACGCUCUUUGGCAUGCAGAAGCAGGGUCUGGUCCGAAAGGUGUCCGAGUCACCGCCUCUGUGGGUCAUCACCCCCUAUGGACGGCAAGCCAUGCAGGGUCAGGAGCAAUCCAACCAUCAGGUUUCCCAAACACAACAGCGGUUCCCAAAGGUUCAAAGCGGACCCUCCGAGGGUCCUCACCCUUCGCAGAGAAAUCAGUUCCAGCCCCAAUAUUCACAGCAGCAACAACAGCAAUGGCAGUUGCAGCCAUCCCAACGCAGAAGCCCUAGAAGUCAGCCUCCUGCGAAAAAUGACAGCCAUUCCUGGCACUUCCAGGGGCCACCGCCUCCGCCAGCCGUUCUCCUUCAGGGUCAAGGGGGAUCAUUCCAAGCUGGCACAAACCCCCCAGGGGAUCACAGAGUUGAGGUUAAUCACCUCGGGCAACCUUACAGCAGCGAAUGGAUAACUGCAAACCGAGACACUCAGCAACACUCAUCUAGUUCUGCCAACCGUUAUAUUCCACCGCUGCCACCACAAAACAGCAGUGAGUUUGAGCCCUAUCAUGAUCAUGUGCCAGGCCAGCCUAAUUCUUAUGAUACCAGGACCAGCUCCAAACCGCCAAACAGCGAGCAGAUUAAUCAAGUUCUUCAGGCCAUGUCCAGUGGACAGACUCUCACAACAACGGACAUUAUGAAAGCCAUUGGUAGCAAAACGUCAAGGGACAUCAACCCGACCCUGUACACCAUGUUUAGGAGCAAGCUCCUGGAACGAGUUCAGGAGGCUCCACCCAUUUGGCGGCUGUCUCAAGUGGGACAAGAAGAAAUGCGGCGCCUGCUCCCGGGCGCGGCGUCACCUUGUUUACCCCGAAAUCCCCAAGAGCUGGUCCAGCAGAAUUCUGGGUGGCGAGCCGGACCCAACAGCCUUGCUAGCACCCAGCCUCACAUCAUGAAUGCUUUUACAAUGAGUUCCCAAGGCAACAGUGACAGUCCAGCCACUUUGCCCUCCCACAGCGCAACAGGGCCACCAUCCCAUAAUGCAGUGGGGCUUUCCCAGAACGCAUCAGGUUCUUCCCAGAAUUUAGCGGGUGCCUCUGUGAGCAGCGAGAUGUUUGGAGCCAUCAACAAAAACCCAAUCAGCGCACUGACGGAGUACGCCCAAUCCAGACACCUCCCUGUCCUCAUCGACAUGGUAAACCAACAUGGCCCUCCACAUAAUCCAAGGUUCACGUUCUGUGCCAGGGUCGGCAAUCGCUCCUUCACACAGAUCACAAGCCGCAGCAAGAAGGAUGGACGACGUGAAGCCGCCGAUGUGGCGCUACGAACGCUCAUCGCAGAGGGCAACUACCAAGUCAAAAUGAGCACUGCUUCCCUGGAAAUGACCCCUGGUAACGGCACCACCUUCUACGACCGCAUUGCCGGCCUGAGUCACCAGGCCUUCAACGCCAUCGCGGCCGGCAUACCGGACAACAUUAGCGGCCGCAAAGUGCUGGCCGCACUGGUUAUGAAGCGAGGGGAGGCGGAUGAGGGGACGGUCAUCAGCCUGGGAACAGGGAACCGGUGCGUCACUGGCGACAUGCUCAGUCUGGAAGGAGGCACAGUCAACGACUCUCAUGCUGAAAUUAUCACAAGACGGGCCUUCUUGCGAUAUCUUUACAACCAGCUGGCUGAGUUUAAACAGAACCCGGACAACACCAUCCUAGUGGAGACCUCCCCAGGUCGGUUCAGGGUCAGGCCGGGCGUGAGCUUCCACCUCUACAUCAGCACCGCGCCCUGCGGCGACGGCGCCCAGUUCUCCCGUACCGACGCCGGGGAGAAUGCAGAGGGGCCCGAGGGGUUGGAGUUCAACGGGCAGGCCCAGCACCUGCCCACCUUUGGCAAGAACAUCCAGGGCCUGCUUAGGACCAAGAUGGAGUAUGGGGAAGGCACUAUCCCCGUGGAUUCCAGCCACCCGGUCCAGACCUGGGACGGCAUCAUCCGGGGUGAGCGGCUCCGCACCAUGUCCUGCAGCGACAAGGUGGCACGCUGGAACAUCCUAGGCCUCCAGGGGGCACUGCUGAGCCACUUCGUUGAGCCUAUGUACCUCAGCUCACUGACAUUAGGUUCCCUGUACCAUCACGGCCACCUGUCCCGGGCAGUCUGCUGUCGCCUCAGCCACUCCGUGGACACCCAGGAGCUGACAGCCACCUUGCCGGCCCCCUACAGCGUCCACCACCCCCAACUGGGCUGCGUCACAGCAUUUGACCCUCCUAGGGGUACGGAAAAGACCAAGGCCCUCAGCAUCAACUGGUUCGUGGAGUGCGGGGGCCCGGAGGUCACCGACGGGACGAAAGGAAGGGUCCAAGGGGUGGUCCCCUCUCAGCUAUGCAAGUCGGCCCUCUUUGCGGAGUUUCAGCGGGUGGCGGGGCUGUACGGCCGCGACGAUCUCCUGCAGGCCCGCACCUACCAUGAGGCUAAAGGCCUGGCCGUAGACUUUGCAGCUGCCAAGGCGUACAUGAAGGAGGCCUUCAAGAAGGGCGGGUACGGGGUGUGGAUCGAGAAGCCAGUAGAGGAGGAACUCUUCUCACUGUGACCCAAAAUGUUCGUAAGAAGUCAAAAGGCAACAAUCUUGAAACGCCACCCAGAAUUUCUUUUUUAAAUGUUCUGCAUAUUUCACGGGGCCUGUAGUGUCCCCUAAAGAGACCGAUGAUGUGUUUCCACUGAAGUUGAACCUGUCCGUGAUGUUUGGCAACAGAAGUGUACUAAAACACUCGGAUGUGAAAUGCUGUUUUCAAAAUACUUGAACCAGAGUUACUUUCCUGGGUUGAAAUUUUAACCCAACGCCCCUUGUAUAAAAAUACUUCAAUUUUCCCCGGGUAAUUACACAUUCAAAAUUUCUCCUUUUUCAGUUAUUUCCACAACCAGUUUUGUGAAAUUUUUGUGGAGACUUUUACCAGCUUUUGUCUGGGGUCUCCAAAGCUAGAGAGGACAAAUUUCAUGUAGAAAACUUUUUAGACAAAGGGGCGUGGAAACAGAAAAGGCUGAGACAGAGGCUGUGUCCGAAAUGGGCUUCCAGAGCUACGGCUAGGUCUAAUGUCUUGGUGUCUUAACGUAUUUCCAAUGGAGUGAAGACCAAGGCCUAGUUCUAGACAACAGUUUCAGAUGCAGCCAGAGACUGCAAUAUAAAUUCACCUUUCUCAGGCCCUAGGUGGCGCUGUUCAUUUCUGCCAUUCAGUCUUUUGUAUGGUACAGUGUUUCAGAAGUACACACAGGAAAUGGAAAACAGCAAACGGAACCUGACUUUCCAACUACCGUGUUCCAAUUUUCUGUAGUUUCAGGGGGCAUAUUUUUCUCCAAAUCAUGCAUCAUUAAGAGUUCCCUAAGAGUUGGGAGGCAGGCCAACAUGGCUCUUCCUUAACAGCAAGCCAGCCAGAUCCCUAGAAAUUUGUUGACAAAACAUGUCGCUGGUAUUUUACGGUGACACCAUUGACAUGUGCAGCAUGAAAGAUCUAUUUUGUGAGUAUGUGUGACCGGUUUACUCAACAUUUCGGACGAUGUGUUCUGUCCAUCAUUAUCAGGAGACUGCUGGAUUUUGACUGGAAUGGGGCUUAAAUAGGUCGAGGUGUUCAUGGAUCCGUGAAAACUGAAGCCAAGCCACGAGUGCACUGGGGCAUGACGGAGUGGCAGGCUAGGUGAUGUUCAUUCAGGUGAAACUGUGUCACCAUUCUCACCUUCCAAGUUCAUUUCUCGCUACUGACAAGGAUUUCCUGCUUCAAGAUGUUGCAGAAAAGAAUGAAAUAAGUACUUGAAUAGAUACGUAAACAACCUGAAAUAGAUCUUUAUUCCAUCUCAGUUACUGGUAGUACAGAUGAAUGGAUGUGGCUUGAUAUCACGUAUCACUCUGUUGAGACAAUCGAAAAUAGUUUGGGAUCUGGAUGUAACAGUAUCCGUCGUACAUAUUUGAUUUGACUAUUUUUCGUUUAUCACCCUGGCUUCAGUUUCUCGGAAGAUGUAUCACUUUGGACUCUUGAAACAGAGCCACAAAGUUGCGAGUGGUAAGAGCAAGUGGUCAUUCUUAGGACCGCCUUCCGUAACUGUGACCAUUCCCGUCGUUGUAUGCUGAGCAAUGGACUGCAAACUUUUCUUCCGUUUGGCAUCCAAGCAUGAGCAGGCGCGGGUACGGCUGAAGCCAGGGUCGGAAUAUCCUAGGCACAGUGGGUACUACUUAUAUUGUGGGGUCUGAAAAAAUUUAAGGGAUUAUGAAAAUAGCACAGUGUGCUACGAAAUCAAACUAGCUAAAGUGUAAAGCUUAGCCCAGCUUGGCAUCAACAUUAAAUGGGAGGCUUGAUCACUUACAGACGAUGGGAGACGUAGGGAUGCCUUGGGUGGAGUAGGCCCUACAGAACACCUGUGCCCGGGGCCAAGGGAACCAUUACUCGGACCCUUGCUGAACCUGUUGUAAGUGGUUAUCUGUGGGCCAAGGGUCAACCGGCUAAAUGUGGCCACCAGCCAGCCCGUGUCACUCUAAUACUGACAAGAUGCUUGUUAUAGUGUGUUACACAUACUUAGAAUUAAUACUGACAAGAUGCUUGUUACAGUGUGUUACACAUACUUAGAAUUUCUCUCCUCUUUGUAUCAAACAUCUCCAUAGUUGGCAGUUAUUGCUUCUUGGCAUAUUCAGAGAUGCCUCUUUCGCAUUCUCGUGCAAAGAACAAACAAACUGUUAGUUCUUCAAUAGACUGGAGUAACUGAUAGGGGCUGGAUUGAUGUGCGACUCUGCAGCCGAGAACUUUGGAAGAGGGCGAAAAUAAGGUCCCACAUUUAGCAAACAAGUCUGUUCCAUUCCUUUAUUGUUCUGAAUGUCCCCUGUCCUAUAUCAAGGCCCUUGUUUUGAAGAGACUCGAGUAUUUAGCAUUGCAAAGGUCUCGAGGGGGGGAAAGCCUCAAUUUUAACACGGAUUGCCAUGCCUAACUACGAUAGAACUUGAGCAAAGAAUUAUAGGCCUAAGCUCCCAUGAGAAGUUGCCAUAUCCUUCCAAACAUACCGCCCCAAGUACUCUUAAGGUAUGCCAGAAAUUAGUUGUGUGCUGCAACGAACUAUCUAUAAAAUAUAACUAUGUAAUCAUAUAGAUUUUUAAUAGUAACUAUUAUGAAGAAAAGCGUAAUUAUUGUACACUUCCAUGUUUUAUUGCUUACAUCUCCUAUAUAUAUGCAAUGUAAAGUGUAUAAAGUGCCUUAUUUUCGUUUGGGUAUUUGCCAUGAUCGUUUUAUGAGUAUGUUAUGAAUAUUUUGAGUGGAUAUUUUGAUGUUUCCUAAGUACUUAAGAAGUUUAUAGGUAUAAUGUAAUUGAUGAACAAAGUUUUAGCUGUGUUUGAAAAGUGUUCUUUUGUUCCAGAAAUUUAUAGAACUGUUUGAAACUGUUGCUUUCUUUUGAUGUCUUUUUGAAGAGCUCUAAGCUUGUAAUGAGGAAGAUGUGUGACACGUUUGAAAGGUGCAGAUCUGGUUUGGGAUUUUGUUUUUUGGGGGUUUUUUUGUCAGAUCUUCGAGCUUAGAAUCGAGUGCAAGCAGGCUACAAUUCCUUACCCCGCUAACCCCUUGCAGAAUUGGCAAAAUGCCAGACAAAUUAAUCCAAAGGCCCCCCAUGAAUUUGACUCUGAACUAGAUGAGGAUACCAUUUUUACAACCAGGAUAUUUGAGGCAAUAUUUAUUAGUAAAGUAGGCACUGGAAAAAGUGUAGUGUAAAAAGCUUUCCAUGUUUUCUUUUGGGGAAAAAAGUCGUAAAAUCUGAAAUAAGUUUUAAAAACGUAUUUUUGUAGGCACGCUGAUACAAAAGCUUACAUGCUUUUUAACGGUAUAUUUCAGACUAUGCAAUGUAGAGCCAAUGAGCCUGUUAGGUAUGUCAAAAACGUAAGGACAUUCGAGAAGAAAGCAUGCGUGCGAGUCCGUGUACGGCCGCGCUGAUAGGUCAGACUUCGCGCGCGCAGACUGCUGGGCAUGCGCUGUUGGAGUACCGAACUGGCUCAUUAGGAAGCAUGCUUGUAGCCAGAUGUUAAUUCCAUUUGUAAAAGUAUUGUUUGCACAAUAUUUGCCGCCAAAUGUUGACUGGAUCGGAAUUGCUAGCCCGAGCUUGUUCAUUGUUACAAGUCUUAUCUAGAUACGAUUAGAUAGGACCCUUCAUCCAAAAUCCUUUACUAUGCAGAAACCAAGGACGAACUUUGUGUGCAUGAACCUUUUUUUGGGGGGGGGGGCCGCACGCACGUGAAAAGAAGAAAAAGGGCUGUGCCUUUCUUAUCUUUCUCGAUUCUGCAAACUCCUCCAGAAGCCGCAAUUGUUUUGAAAGGAGUUUGGAGUGGGGUGUAACAUUGGCGAAAUGGCUAAGUUUAAUCAGCCGCAAGUUCAUUAUUUAAGUGCAAGUAUUGUGUUCCAUGGACUGUAGGUUCAUAGAGGUUCGAAUUCCGUCUCAGUCAAUUGAACUGAAUUCUAUCCAGAACAUAUUUAACUAUCAAUUUAGAAGUGUUAUACCAAUUCAGAUUUCUCUCGGCACGUUUAUCCUUUCACAUCGCAGUGACUUUCAAUUAAGCUAAGCAAUGUUUUUAGUGCUUUUCUCGAAAUUUUCUCUUUUUUCGAUUUUAGAUCGGAGGAGACAACAUAGCUUAACCAAAACAUUUCUUCGACUUUUACUUUAUCUUGCUAUAGCCUUACCGUACAUGUGUUUCGUCCGUAUUUUUCCGAGAUUUCAUCGGUUCCCAUAAAAAUUCUGCUGUCAUUCAGUCUCAGAUUUAUGAUGUAUGAACCCGCUAUUUAUUAGCAGAAACUUCACUGUAAAAUCAUCGAUCAGAACGAGAGACAGCCUUCUCGUAUUUGUUUUUGCCGUAUUAUUAAUUAAAGAAAGCCAUUUUAAGACUUGU